AUGCGCCUAUUUCUGAUCCCAAUCUCGACGAGACGGGUGCUGAUCUACGCUCGGCCACUGCGGAGGGAUUCGCCCAAGGAGCUGUCCCUGCUGGACCGGGUCACCAGCAAAGCCGCUCAGACCUGGGCCACCUGGGAGGAAGCCGAGAAAGGCUGGAAGAAGCAUCUCGUCCACUGGGGGAACCGAAUGCAACAGCGCAUCCCCUAUGAAGAAUGGGGACUGAAGAGCAUCCCUUCGCUCAAUGCGCAGCGGCGUCUGGAUGACCAAUAUGGCACACACAAGAUUGAUGUGCUCUUCCCGGGCAACUCGGUGCGAUUGAGCCGCAUCCCCAAUCUGCUGCGAGCGAUUGCCACGGACAGGCAGGAAUUGCAUCGCAAGAAGAUGUGGUGGAGCUUUGCGGCGGCGCCGAUUACUGCGCCGCUGGGGCUGAUCCCCAUAAUCCCGAAUAUCCCCUUCUUCUAUCUAGUUUAUCGAGGCUGGUCUCAUUGGCGAGCAUUGAACGGCUCGAAACACUUGGAAUAUCUGGUGCAAAACGACCUUCUCAAUCCUAUAUCCCUCCCCGAGCUGGAACGGCUAUAUGCCAAGCGCGCAUCGUAUGCGCUCGACGAUACCCAGGUCGAUACCCCGCCAUCGGAGAUGGUCGAGGACAUGGAGCAGAGCGAUGACCGGGUGUUACUGAAGAUGUCCGAUGCGAAGAAGCUGGCGUCAAUUUUGGAGGCGCCCGAGCUGGCAUUGGAAGCGGAGCGGGCCAUUGUCCAGGUCAGCGGGCAGCUCAAAGCACAGCAAGAGCAAAAGGAGAAAGCUGAAGCUGACAAGAAGAGUCGCUGA